CUGGCGGAUCGGUAUCCGUUGCUUGCUCUCAUAUUUUAUGCAUUAUUACCACAAAGGAAAAGUUUUGUUUCAUCUCCUUCGCGCCUCCUACGAGGAGAGUUUCGGUAAGAGAGAGAGAGAGAGAAGACGAAGAACAGAGAUGGCUUUUCAGAGGAGGCGGCACCAUGAGAGGAUGGUGACGGCGGCGGGAAUGUCUGGUAUGACAGCGAUCUCGGCUGCGGCGCUGCUUAUAUUCAUGUUAUUGGCAUUCCUUAUGGUUCUCGCGCCUCCGCUUCUUGAACAUCCGGCGUUUCCGAACCAGCCGGAGCACUCGCGGAAGGCGAGGCGUUCCUCAAUACUCCUGGCAAAGCCCGUGGAGAGUGAGGGGAAGGUGAUUUUUCGGGUGCCGAGCGGAGGCGAUGUGAUGGAGAGCGAUAUCUGGGAAUCGAAAGGAUCAGAGUACUUUUAUGGUUGUAGCAAUGCGAGCAAGGAGUUUGAAAAAGCUGAUGCGAUCACUUAUCCUGAUAGAUAUCUCAUGAUCUCAACAAGUGGCGGGUUAAACCAACAGAGAACUGGGAUUACUGAUGCUGUUGUGGCAGCUCGUAUUUUGAAUGCAACUCUUGUUGUUCCUACGCUGGACCAAAAGUCCUUCUGGAAGGAUGUAAGCAAUUUCACUGAGAUAUUUGAUGUUCAAUGGUUCAUUUCAUCCCUCUCAAAAGAUGUCAAGAUUAUAAAAGAGCUCCCCAACAAGGUAGGAAUAGUUGGUGCUACUCCUUACAGAAUGCGAGUACCAAGGAAGUGCACCCCGAUAUGCUAUCAAAACCGUGUUUUUCCUGCUCUUUUGAAAAAACAUGUUGUUCAGCUGACAAAGUUUGAUUAUAGGCUUUCCAAUAAAUUGGAAAAUGAUCUUCAGAAACUGCGGUGUAGAGUUAACUAUCAUGCUCUGAGAUUCACCGAUCCAAUACGGAAGAUGGGUGAAACGUUGACAAAGAGAAUGAAAUCAAAGAGUAAGCAUUUCAUCGCUCUUCAUCUUAGAUUUGAACCUGACAUGCUUGCUUUCUCCGGCUGCUACUAUGGUGGAGGUGAUAAUGAAAGAAUGGAAUUAGGCGCCAUACGAAAGAGAUGGAAAACCUUACAUGCCAGCAAUCCAGAUAAGGAACGCAGGCAGGGUAGAUGUCCUCUUACUCCAGAAGAGGUAGGCCUCAUGCUGAGAGCAUUAGGUUUUGGCAAUGAUGUUCACAUCUAUGUGGCAUCUGGAGAAGUAUAUGGAGGGGAGGAAACACUGGCACCACUUAAGGCUCUUUUCCCUAACUUUCAUUCAAAAGAAACAUUAGCAAGCAAGGAGGAGCUAUCACCAUUCUCUCCAUUUUCAUCACGCAUGGCUGCUCUCGAUUACAUCGUCUGUGAUGAAAGUGAUGUAUUUGUGACCAAUAAUAAUGGCAACAUGGCAAAAAUGUUAGCUGGAAGAAGGAGGUAUUUUGGGCACAAGAGGACCAUUAGACCCAAUGCGAAGAAGCUUUAUUCUGUGUGUCAGAAUAGAACCAGCAUGACCUGGGACGUCUUUGCGUCAAAGGUCCGCACAUUCCAGAAAGGAUUUAUGGGAGAGCCCAAUGAGAUUAAGCCUGGAAGGGGUGAAUUUCAUGAAAACCCUUCAACCUGCAUAUGUGACAAGAGUGAAGGUAGCUCCUCUGCUCAAUUCCAGCACAGAGUGGAACUCAAAGCUGGAAGGGAUGAUUCAAACAGAAGUGAUGGGUCAUCUAGUUAUGAGGAGCAGGACUGGGGUGACUGGGAUUAUGGUGAAAAUGCACCGUUAGGGAAAGCUGUACCUUACAGAACAGAAAUGGAUUAUGACCUUUUUCUCAAGAAUGAAGAUUCAGAUUUGGAAGAGUUCUCCGACUAAUGGAGUUUUCUGCUUCAUCCAUUCUUUCCUUCUAUACCCGUUUGGUUGGUUCUACCUAGAAAAUAUGCAUUUGAAUAUCACCUUUUUUUUUUUUUUUUUUU